GUAGCAUUCUACCAUGGCCUCUGACGAAGAGACGUCUCGAUCGCUACAGUCCCCGGCACGUAUACCAGGGCAAGUGUGUGAUCGUUGUCGCCGGAGAAAGAUCAGGUGCUAUGGCAAUGACGAGGAGUGCUCUCCCUGCCUUUCGGCAGGAGUUAUCUGCGUCAGUUCGAAAACACUGAGAAGAAAUCGAAAGCGAAAGAGUUUCUACGAGAAUGAAGGCAUAGAGCAGCGCCGGUCGGGACCGAUGCCUCUGACCGACACUACUCAGGUUCCAACCCGAAAUGAUCUAAACAAUGCAGCUCAGACAAUUGCAAACGAUGCAGCCUUGCAAACUCGCAGCCCUGGGCAACAGAUGUCAAGUGUUGCGAUGUUUGCUGGCUCCCGUCUCUCGCAGUCAGCCCCAAUGCUUCCAUCUCCUUCCGGAGCUCAUAACAUUGAAAGCCCAUCUACGACUACGGCACAACAAGGAGACGCGGCCGUAAUUGGACACAUGGGGCGGUUGGUGUCGGACGACCACCAGGUGGCCAUGUUCGGAGGAUCCUCAACCGGCGUCCAUUUUAUCAGCCAAGCAGAACAGCAGAUUCAACUGCUUCGAAUGCACACAGAUGCAUUUCCAAGUUGCGCUUACAGCCUGCACUUGCAUAAUAUAUGGGGUGCUUCGCUGAGUAGCCCCCAGCCGGAUCUUAUUCGAGCAAUGGUCGCCAAUUUACCACCCGACACCAUUCACGUCCUCGAGACUACAAUUGACCGCUGGACUCCCCUCUACCCCAUCGUGCACAAGUCCUCGACUAUAGAAGCAUUUCAGAACCUUCUCGGAAACUCCAGUCCUGGUGGAAGAAGUAUAGUCGUCUUGUAUCAAGCGCUUGGUCUUCUUGCUCUUGGGACAUUAGGCCGGCCAGGAGGGUGCACACGCAGCCACUAUCACUUUUUGUGCCUCUCAGAGUCAUACUACACCAUGGCUUCGACCCUGCUUGAUCGGGUCCUAGAGCAGUCAUGCUUGGAGAGUCUCCAAGGCCUAGAGAUCACUCAAUUAUACCUCCAGAUUUCUUCCCGUUACACUGUCGCUUCCCAUAUUGGUGGAGUUGCGACUCGCCUAGCACAAAACUUGGGACUACACCGUCAUUCUCAGCGCUUCAAAUUCGACCCACUUGAAACAGAGCUCCGCCGACGAGUAUGGUGGUGUCAGUAUUCUCUCGAUGUCUUCUCAAGUGCUUACCAUGGUAUGCCACGCCUUAUUCGUGACCAAGACGUCGAUACAGAUCUACCUACGCCCGUGGAUCAUGACCUCCUCUCUCGAACACAAGUCAAAUUUCCCUUGCCAGGAGUCGCUUCGGAAGUCGACACGGCUCUAAACUUAUUCAAGCUGGCACAAAUUGUCGGUAGCACCCUCGAGAAGCUGUACACGACCACACGGCGACGUGGUGGAGCCGUCAAGAUUAAGCACUUGCAAGCCGAACUCAACAUGUGGGAGCGCGCGUUACCCACUGCCAUGAGAAAGUUGACUCAACCUGAGGAAAAUCCCGAUGCAGAUAUAACUGAGCCUCAAAGUAACGGUGGGGGAGUUGAUGGCUCACGAAAUGCUUCCUUUGAGGCCACGUUCCUUGAUAUUGCGCUUUGUAUCGCGACAAUACACGUCCAUCGACCAGCUCUAUCAUUCACAACUGCCCAUCCACAAUUCUUACCUUCAUUGGAGGCCUGCAGUCACUCCUCUGCUACCUUGAUCAACCGCAUUUCUACUGACUUCAUGUCAUUUGCACCCAUGGAGCUUGGGCCUACGUCGUACUCCCCAACAUCCAACACGUUAUACCCCAACUCCCUACUCAUAGCUCUGCUCUAUCCAAACGGAAUUCACAUGCUCUGGCAGGCUGGGCUCACAAUAUUCUACGCACGCUGGAAAGGCCACCCCGUUACGGACGAAGAUGACGAAGAUUUGAUACGCCGUUGCAUUUCGACUUUGCGUCGGCUCUAUUUGUGGAUAGAUGAUGCCAGUGGACACAUUAAGCAAUGCGCCGACGUGUUGGACCUUCUACGGGAGAAGACAUUCUCGGAAUCGAGGACCCCACCAGCGGCGGACCAAUUUCAGUGGAAUGUUUGGGAUUGGCCUAUGGCGUCCGCGUUGGAACUUACCAACAUGUUGGAUGUCACGCCCUUGGACUUUUAUCUGGAACAAGAGCAGUGGCCCUGAACAGAUUAUGGAGUGAAAUCAUGUCUUUAUUGUGUAAUUGCAGUGCAGCGAAGAGAAUAUUCACAGCAGCCUACAGCAGCUCACAGCUUUGCCCAUGCCAUGACGAUGUGAAAAAUAA